AUGGGUCGUGAACAGGACCUGAUCCUUGCUGUCAAGAAUGGAGAUGUGACUGGUGUGCAGAAACUGGUGGCUAAAGUCAAGGCUGCAAAAACAAAGCUCCUCGGCUCCACGAAGAGACUCAACGUCAACUACCAGGAUGCUGAUGGAUUCUCUGCCCUCCAUCAUGCCGCCUUGGGGGGCAGCCUGGAGCUCAUAGCCUUGCUACUGGAGGCUCAGGCCACCGUUGACAUCAAAGACAGCAAUGGCAUGCGCCCACUGCACUACGCAGCCUGGCAAGGCCGGCUGGAGCCCGUGAGGCUGCUGCUGCGGGCCUCCGCGGCCGUGAACGCCGCCUCGCUGGAUGGGCAGAUCCCGCUGCAUCUGGCUGCCCAGUACGGACACUAUGAAGUGUCAGAAAUGCUCCUCCAGCAUCAGUCCAACCCUUGCCUGGUCAACAAGGCAAAGAAGACGCCCCUGGAUCUGGCUUGCGAGUUUGGGCGACUUAAGGUGGCCCAGCUACUACUGAACAGUCACUUGUGUGUGGCGCUGCUGGAGGGUGAGGCCAAGGACCCGUGUGACCCCAACUACACCACGCCCCUGCACUUGGCUGCCAAGAACGGCCACAGAGAGGUCAUCAGGCAGCUCCUGAGAGCUGGGAUCGAGAUCAACCGCCAGACCAAGACAGGCACCGCACUCCACGAGGCUGCGCUGUAUGGCAAGACCGAGGUAGUCCGGCUGCUCCUGGAGGGCGGGGUGGAUGUGAACAUUCGGAACACGUAUAACCAGACGGCACUGGACAUUGUGAAUCAGUUCACCACCUCCCAGGCCAGCCGAGAAAUCAAGCAGCUGCUGCGUGAGGCCUCGGGGAUCCUGAAGGUCCGAGCACUCAAGGACUUCUGGAACCUCCACGAUCCCACUGCUCUCAAUGUCCGGGCAGGGGAUGUCAUCACGGUGCUUGAGCAACAUCCCGACGGCCGCUGGAAGGGCCACAUCCAUGAGAGCCAGAGGGGCACGGACCGUGUGGGCUACUUCCCCCCAGGCAUCGUGGAGGUGGUCAGCAAGCGAGUGGGCAUCCUCGCGCCCCGCCUCCCAUCGGUGCCCACCCCUCUCCGCCCAGGCUUCUCUCGGACACAGCAGCCCCCUGCCGAUGACCCCCUGCACUCUCUGACCUAUGGCCAGCUCCCUCGGGUGGGCCUCAGCCCAGAUAGCCCAGCAGGUGACAGGAAUAGCGUGGGCAGCGAGGGCAGCGUGGGCAGCAUCCGCAGUGCCGGCAGCGGGCAGAGUUCCGAGGGCACCAACGGCCAUGGCACCGGCCUUCUUAUUGAGAAUGCUCAGCCACUGCCUUCCCCCGGAGAGGACCAGGUGUUGCCAGGACUGCACCCCCCGUCCCUGGCAGACAACCUGAGCCACCGCCCUCUGGUCAACUACCACUCUGGGGAACAGCUUUUCACCCAGGACGUGAGGCCGGAGCAGCUGCUGGAGGGGAAGGAUGCGCAGGCCAUUCAUAACUGGCUGAGUGAGUUCCAGCUGGAAGGCUACACCGCCCACUUCCUGCAGGCUGGCUACGACGUGCCAACCAUCAGCCGUAUGACGCCUGAGGACCUGACGGCCAUCGGGGUCACCAAGCCUGGGCACAGGAAGAAGAUCGCCUCGGAGAUUGCUCAGCUCAGCAUCGCCGAGUGGCUGCCCAACUACAUCCCGGCGGACCUGCUGGAGUGGCUGUGCGCGCUGGGGCUGCCGCAGUACCACAAGCAGCUGGUGAGCAGUGGCUACGACUCCAUGGGGCUGGUGGCCGACCUCACCUGGGAGGAGCUGCAAGAGAUCGGGGUCAACAAGCUCGGUCAUCAGAAGAAGCUUAUGCUGGGAGUGAAACGGCUGGCCGAGCUUCGGCGGGGCCUACUGCAGGGGGAGGCCCCAGCUGAAGGUGGCCGCCGUCUAGCCCGAGGCCCGGAGCUGAUGGCCAUUGAGGGGCUGGAGAAUGGGGACGGUCCGGCUGCAGCUGGCCCACGCCUCCUCACCUUUCAGGGCAGUGAGCUGAGCCCAGAGCUACAGGCAGCCAUGGCUGGGGGUGGCCCCGAGCCCCUCCCCCUGCCCCCUGCCCGCUCUCCCAGCCAGGAGAGCAUUGGAGCACGCUCACGAGGGUCCGGUCACUCCCAGGAACAGCCGGCCCCCCAGCCCAGUGGUGGAGACCCGAGCACCCCACAGGAGAGGAACCUUCCAGAGGGCACAGAGCGGCCCCCUAAGCUUUGUUCCCCACUUCCCGGUCAAGGCCCCCCGCCUUAUGUUUUUAUGUAUCCCCAGGGCUCACCCUCCAGCCCAGCCCCGGGGCCACCUCCUGGUGCACCUCGUGCCUUCUCCUACUUGGCUGGUCCCCCCGCCACUCCUCCAGACCCACCUCGGCCCAAGCGCCGGUCCCAUAGCCUAAGCCGCCCCGGCCCCACCGAGGGGGAAGCAGAGGGAGAGGCUGAAGGGCCAGUGGGCAGUGCCUUGGGGAGCUACGCCACCCUCACUCGGCGACCGGGACGCAGUGCCCUAGCUCGGACCAGCCCUAGCCCGACUCCAGCUCGAGGGGCCCCCCGCAGCCAGUCCUUUGCCCUUCGUGCCCGACGCAAAGGCCCUCCGCCCCCACCCCCUAAACGCCUCAGCUCUGUCUCUGGCCCCACCACGGAGCCGCCUCCACUAGACGGAAGCCCGGGGCCCAAGGAGGGGGCCUCUGUGCCCCGAAGGCGAACACUAAGUGAACCAACUGGCCCAUCAGAGCCCCCCGGCCCACUUGCCCCAGCUGGCCCCGUGUCGGACACAGAGGAGGAGGAGCCAGGACCUGAGGGGACGCCCCCAUCUCGGGGCAGCUCAGGAGAAGGGCUCCCAUUUGCCGAGGAGGGGAACCUGACUAUCAAACAGCGGCCGAAGCCAGCUGGCCCCCCACCCCGGGAGACGCCUGUGCCCGCUGGCCUCGAUUUCAACCUCACAGAAUCAGACACUGUUAAGCGGAGGCCCAAAUGCCGGGAGAGAGAGCCGCUGCAGACGGCACUUCUGGCCUUUGGAGUGGCCAGUGCCACGCCCAGCCCCACUGUCCUCCUUCCCUCCCAGACCCCCGGCGAGGCCCCCUCCUCAGCUUCUCCCAGCCCUCCCCGGCCUGACCCUAGCAGCCUUCCAACUCAGGGAGCUCCAGCCCCUCUUUCUUCCGGCUCCCCAGCCCAGCCCCCUGCUCCCCCCUGCUCUGGGCCUGCUCUGGAGAACUCGGCGGGCAGUUGGCGGCAUGGGGAGACUGAGCCCCCAGCUUCCCCCGCUGCCCUCAUCAAGGUGCCAGGUGCAGGAACAGCCCCCAAGCCUGUGUCUGUGGCCUGCACCCAGCUGGCAUUUUCUGGUCCUAAGCUGGCUCCUCGGCUCGGCCCCCGCCCCGUGCCCCCUCCAAGGCCAGAGAGCACUGGAGCCGUGGGCUCUGGCCGGGCCCAGCAGAGACUGGAACAGACCAGCUCAUCCCUGGCAGCUGCAUUAAGGGCCGCAGAGAAGAGCAUUGGCACAGAGGAACGAGAAGGCCCUCCCGGCACCUCCACCAAGCACAUUCUGGAUGACAUCAGCACCAUGUUUGAUGCCCUGGCUGACCAGCUGGAUGCCAUGCUUGAUUGA